GUUAUAACGAUCAGAAAUGAUAGACAUAUUCAUCUUACUGACUCUCCUUCAGAUGGUAUCAUUAGUUGGAUCAUACGAGUUCGUCUGUCCAUCGCAGGCACACUGGAAUCUUAGGGCAAAAUCCAUGUGUAAGGCAACAACAAACUAUACUUGUUUAUUCGACAUUAACCUUCAAAUAAAUGUAUACAGAGAUAGAUGUUAUAGACCUAGCAUUGUAGGUCCUGGUUAUAAAUACGUCUUUCAACCUAACUUAAACAGAGUAGCAUGUAGUGGUAAUCGAUAUCAGCCUUUCAUUUUUGAGACAGUUGGAUACAGUGAUUGCACCUUUCAAAAAUCACUUUGUAACAGCCUAGGUCAGGAGACAUAUCAAAUCGGCGACACUACGGUCGACAGAAAAUGUAUUUGUAAUACUAAUGGAGGAUAUUCUUUUAUCACGAGCUCAGCCCACCAAUGUUACUGCAAUCCUUCAACUGAAGAUUGCUCCUGUUAUCUCGGAAAUAAUCCAUACAACGAAACGGUUGGACUGGAAGAUAUCAAAUGUUAUCAUGAAAUGAAAAUGACAAGAAUCCCUUACUUGGGCGAUAUGUUUAAUAUUUCACGGACAAUAAAAAUCAAUGAGUUUGAUAACAACAAAUACAACAUUAAACAUCUUCCGACCAAUGAAUAUCGCAUUGUAGCAGUUAAAUCGGUUUUCCUGUUGUCAUUAGCAUACGUUGUUGUUUGGAUUAUUGUAUUGCGGGUAAUGCGACAAUUGAUUAAAACUCGUAGCACUCCUAGAGAAUUUGAUAUAAUUGAAUGCACUGAUUGUUCAAUGACCAUUGGAUGGAUUAUUGAUGUCCCAGACGAGUGCCUAUCGUAUGAGCUUGAUCAUCGACUUCGAGGAACAGACGACUGGUCUACCGAGACAUUCCUUUCUGGAGAUGUAUUGACAGAUGAAGAUGGACGACGCAUGUACAAACUUCAGAAUCUGAAACCUGAAAUAUAUUAUGAAAUUAAAAUGCGUUCAGUUUAUAAAGAUGAUGUCAAAAGCCAUUAUUCGGAGUCUAAAGCCAAGCAGACCCUGAAACUGGCUCCUAGAGAAUUUAAUAUAAUUGAAUGCACUGAUUGUUCAAUGACCAUUGGAUGGUUUAUUGAUGUCCCAGACGAGUGCCUAUCGUAUGAGCUUGAUCAUCGACUUCGAGGAACAGACGACUGGUCUACCGAGACAUUCCUUUCUGGAGAUGUAUUGACAGAUGAAGAUGGACAACGCAUGUACAAACUUCAGAAUCUGAAACCUGAAACAUAUUAUGAAUUUAAAAUGCGUUCAGUUUAUAAAGAUGAUGUCAAAAGCCAUUAUUCGGAGUCUAAGGCCAAGCAGACCCUGAAACUAGCUCCUAGAGAAUUUAAUAUAAUAAAAUGCACUGAUUGUUCAAUGACCAUUGGAUGGUUUAUUGAUGACUCACACGAGGGCCUAUCGUAUGAGCUUGAUCAUCGACUUCGAGGAACAGAUGACUGGUCUACCGAAACAUUCCUUUCUGGAGAUGUACUGACAGAUGAAGAUGGACAACGCAUGUACAAACUUCAAAAUCUGAAACCUGAAACAUAUUAUGAAUUUAAAAUGCGUUCAGUUUAUAAAGAUGAUAUCAAAGGCCAUUAUUCGGAGUCUAAGGCCAAGCGGACCCUGAAACUAGCUCCUAGAGAAUUUAAUAUAAUAAAAUGCACUGAUUGUUCAAUGACCAUUGGAUGGUUUAUUGAUGACUCACACGAGGGCCUAUCGUAUGAGCUUGAUCAUCGACUUCGAGGAACAGAUGACUGGUCUACUGAAACAUUCCUUUCUGGAGAUGUACUUACAGAUGAAGAUGGACAACGCAUGUACAAACUUCAAAAUCUGAAACCUGAAACAUAUUAUGAAUUUAAAAUGCGUUCAGUUUAUAAAGAUGAUGUCAAAAGCCAUUAUUCGGAGUCUAAGGCCAAGCAGACCCUGAAACUAGGUAGGGAAAGAUUUGGAAUUACUUUUGCAAUUAAAUGA